UCAAAACCACGCCACCAGCCCAUCCUGCCUGCUGCUCCGCCCUUGUUCCUUUUCCUCGCAAGCAAGUCACUUCCAUCCUCCUCUUUGCCACAUGCUAGUCCGACAUGCCCUCGGAGGCGCCACAGUUCAGUCGCUGGCGCGGCGGGCGCGAUCUACUUCCACGGCGGCCGGCCCCCCUCGGCUGCCGGCCACCACGAGGAUGACAGCGGCCGCGGCCACGGCCACGGCCGCCACCAUUGCUGCGGCCACGGCCACGGCCGCCAUGAGCCCCGACAAAAACCCCGCCACCGGUGCUGCUCUUCGGUCGAUCGCCCUUCGCGGGGCCCCCCGCAAGAAUGGCCUCGGGCCGGGGCUCUUCUACUCGCUGAUGAUGGAUCGGCGUCGGUGCGCCGAGAUCGGCGAAGCCAGGCAUCCGAGUGAGGCGGCCACCGCCACGGCGGCGGGGCCCGUGCCUUCCGGGGCCGGCGCCGCAAGCAUCCCUUCCGUGUCUGGGGUCGAGUGUUGCAUGAGCGGCUGCGUCAAUUGCGUGCUGAACGACGUUUUCGAACAGGCGGCCGCGGCUGAGGAAAGGCCCGGCGCCGAUGCAGGCCCCCCGGCCGCCAAUGUCGACCCGUCGAUCAGCGCCUUCCUGGCCUUGGAGAGGCGCCUCCGCGCCAAGGCCGCUGCCGAUGCCGCUGGCGGCGGGAGCUAGAGAUCGCACGGGGGGAGCGUCCAUGCCCUCGCAUGAUCCGAGCCCCCAAAUACACCCAAUGACCUUGUGAGCACA